GCUUAUUUACAAGUUUUUGACUACGAGUGGCACGACUGUGAUCGCGUGGCAGACCUCUUCGAAGCCUCCAAUUGUUUGAACGCGGAUGAUCGAUCGACGCUGCUGCGUUUACUUGCGCUGGCGCGGCACAACAUACCCCUGAAUGAGGGGGUGCUCAUCUAUCCCAGUUUCAAGACACAGACAAGCAACAACGACGUAAACAGUGGCAGUCUCGAUCCUCAGGAGUUAUACACAAAGCUGGUAACUCUUCACCUGCAAAGACAGGCCCGCGAACUGCUCGAGCGAGAACCAGUCAUUGCCACAACCACCGCCAAUGCGACUAUGGAACCGACGCUUGAACCGCCUACUGCCGCAGCCGCAGCCACCGCCACCACAGAGACCUCUCACCGGGAUGCUCUGUCCGAGGUGAUUUAA